UCCGGGAUGGAGGGAUAUCAACAAAUGCUGCUGGUUUCGCUGCGCGUGUGGCGUGACGUGACAUAUUUACCUCGACAGCUAUAAUCAGCUUUUGUUUUCAUAAAACAUGGACUUCAACGCGAGAAGACUCGCAACGGACGUUGGAACUUUCGUGAGCCGUGCGGUACAGUUCACAGAGGAGACCCUGGGACAAGCUGAGAAAACGGAGCUGGAUGCCCAUCUGGAGAGUCUUGUCGCCAGGGCAGAAAAGACAAAGAUCUGGACGGACAGAAUCGCCCAGCAGACCGAAGUGCUGCUGCAGCCAAACCCAACUGUCAGAAUAGAGGGGUUUCUAUAUGAAAUUCUGGAGAAACAAGCUCCGGUGAGGAUGACCCCGCAUGAGUAUCUAGGCGAGUGCAUGGUCAGCUCUGGGCACGAUUUCGGGCCCGGGACUUCCUAUGGGAGUGCACUCAUAAAAUGUGGGAAUAUGCAGAAGAAGAUUGGUGGAAUGAAGAAAGACUUCAUACAAAGUUCAGUCAUCAGCUUCCUCAGUCCUGUCAAGAGCUUUGUCAAGGAAGACUUCCAGAUCAUCUUGAGAGAGCAUAGGAUGCUGCAGAACAAGAGGCUGGACCUGGAUGCUGCGAAGUCUAAGCUUAAACGAGCCAGGAUGGCAGAUGCUGAAUCAGCAAGGCUGAACUCAACUCCUCCACUUGGAGAAGAAUAUAGUUCUCAUUUCUCCUACAUGCUUGGCUUUCUGCGUGUAAAAUGGCUGAAGAUGUGGGCAGCAGAAGUAGUGGAGGCAGAGGCAGAACUGAGGUCAGCGCAGAACAACUUCAACCAGCAAGUGGAAAACACCAGGCUCCUGCUGGAAGGUGUCAGUAAUACCCAUUCUCAUCAUCUCCACUGCUUAAAAGACUUUGUGGAUGCCCAGAGUGCGUACUAUGCACGAUGCAAUCAGUUCACGGUGGACCUCCAGAAACAACUGGCAUGCAUCUCUUCUGCACUGACCUCCAACAGAAGUCCAUCCUCUUCCAGCAGUAUGUGCAGCAUUUCUGUGUCUACACCCUUGGGGUUGACUCUUUCGCCUGACCCAGCUGCUGACCCGACUGGCAUCGAUCAGUAGGAACCAGGCAGGACCCUUGUGAAGGAGACACAGGCCAGACAGAGGGAUUUCUCCUUGUGAAGGACACAGGAUUGAGACCCUCUGUACUCCAGAAAGGACAAAAAAGCAUAGCUGUUUAACACAAUAUUCCUAUCAGCAUCACAGGCUGUAUACUGUACCAACCUCUCUCCAAAUAUGGCAUUGAAGUAGUUAUGUCCUCACAUUGCAGAGGCCUUUCCAUGGAAAAACACCAUUCGAUACUUCAGUCAUGUUGCGAAUGUCUGGAGAUCUCUUCCAGCACACAUCACAGCAGACCAAGAUUUUUAUUGACAUUCCCUCGAUGUACUGUUUUGUAUGGGCCUGUGUAGAUAGACUGUAGAACCAAGAUUGAAUUUGACUUGUUGUGGACUCAGGUAGAAGGCUAAUAUUUAUUUUUUCAUUCAGCUGACGUGUUAAGAAUUAUUUGUCCAGUUCAGGGUAAAUG